GAUGGCGCCAACAGCGAUGCUACUGGCAUGUCCGAGGAGUUUCUGCGGAGAUUCGAGGUUGCCCUCUUAGUUUCCGCAGUGCAGGGGUUGUAUACUUUUGUACAUCCUUGCUCCCCCUGCUGCUUUGAGAGUGAGAGUCGCGAAUUCGAGGUUGUGGAAACCGGUGAGUUCUCCGCGGUUCAGAUCCCUCCAAAGCUCGCGGUGCUCAUACGCGAGAAGUGGCAGGCCUUUCUCGAGAAGUUCCCGACUCGAGAGCAGGCCGGAGAGGCGAUCUACGACAGCUUCAUGGAG